AUUUAAUCACACAGUUUUCGAAACCUUACGGCAGAUCAUAUUUGAAUAUCAGCAAAAUUUCAGCUCCCACAAACAAGGAUAAUUAAAAAAAAAAUAAUAAUAAUAAAUUCAAAAUGCGUCUACUCACAUUUUGCUUAGCUUUAGUACUCCUAAUGGCUAUUACCACUGGUGUCUAUGGAAAUUCUGAAAGUGUUGCUGACGCCUUAGACGCUGCUGAGCAGCCUUUGUCCUUGUACGAUGUCGAGCCGCAGGGACAUGAGAAUGAAGGCGUACGUUUGGCGCGUCAAUAUGGUUACGGUCGCUAUGGUAGCUAUCGCGGCGGUUACCGUGGUGGCUAUCGUGGUGGUUAUCGUGGUGGAUAUAGAGGUGGCUACCGUGGUGGUUAUUAUGGUUAAAGUGCUGACAGGAUUUCUAAAACUCGCUGCAAUUGGAAGUUGUGAAUAAUGAAUUUAUAUUUUUGAACAAAAAAUCUUUACGUUUGAAAAGUUG